GACCACGACGACGGCCACGACGAAGACGAAAACGAAGACGAAGACGAGGACAAAGACAAAGACAAAAACGACGACGACGAAGAAGACAAGGACGAAGAAGAAGAAGACAAGGGCGAAGAUCUCCUCACUUGCUUGGACACGCAAUCAUGGUCAAAACUUUUCAAGCGUACCUGCCCUCGUGUCACCGCACUUACUCGUGCAUUCACUGCCGUGCUCACCUCGCCAAUCACGACGAACUCAUCUCUAAGUCCUUCCAGGGCAGUCAAGGUCGUGCCUAUCUCUUUAAUUCCGUGGUGAACGUGGGCUGUGGUCCUGCGGAAGAGCGAGUUUUGCUAACUGGCCUUCAUGCUGUCGCUGAUAUUUACUGUGAAUGCUGCAAGACCACCCUUGGGUGGAAAUACGAGCAUGCGUUCGAGUCGAGUCAAAAGUAUAAAGAGGGCAAGUUUAUAAUCGAGCUUGCUCACAUGAUCAAGGAGAAUGGAUGGGAAUAGAUCGAGCCGAGAGAGGGUAACCCGCUGCAAAAGAAAACAGAAAGAGAGAGAGUACUCCUGACGAGAGAAACGAAUAACGCAAAAGAAAGAAAGAAAGAAAGAAAGAAAAAACAAGGCCCGUCGAAACUAUUCCUGAUAUAAGAGUUAAUGCCUAUAAUGUUGUUCUAAUUGCAAUGUGCGGCCCCCUCCCCUCUGUCAAACCACCAACGAAAGUCUGUGAUUUCAUUUGUGAUUUGUAAUCUUAGUAACUUUUUAUGUUUCGGACAAUUCGACGCUGUUUUUCAUUUUUUCCGAUUGACUCGUCAUACGAGCGAUGACACCGGCGAUCCGCGGCGUCGCGGAUCGAUCACACGUGCAAGUAUUGUAAAGACAGAAAGAAACAGAAAUUUAUUUUUCAACGAAGGAGAGAAAGGAGGAACGAAAACGAUGGGAAACAAGAAAGAAAGGAAGGAAGGAAGGAAAGGGGAGAGAGAGUGGAGGAACAAAUGGAAUAAUAGAACGUAGUAUGAGAUAAGAGAAAAGAAAGAUUAUGAUGAUGAUGAUGAUGAUGAUGAUGAUGAUGAUGAUAUAAUCAUGCUGGUAAGCUAUGGUGAAUAUGAUGACGAUGGUGCCAUGGUGGGAAUAAAGAUGGAAAAUCGCUCUGUUCGAACAAUGGGGUGCCCUCCUAAUUUUCAUUCAUUAUAUCUUUCUAGACAUUUCCCUGUGAAUGUCGCAAUGAUGUAAAUGUUAAAAAUUAACGCGCGGGGCACCCCGAUCAAAGAGAUCAAGAGUUUUUUUAAUCUGUUAAACUGCACCGGAGCAGCGCAAGUGCCACAGACUUUGCUGGACUGACUGCCUGCCCGCCGCGUCUAUCAUUGGAAUUUCACUGCCGAUAUUCCUAAUAUUAAUUAAGACGGCUGCGCCGCAUCGUAGGCGACGCGGCUCGUAGUUUUUAGAGUAGCUUACAAGUAUAGCAUACUAAAGCCUAUGUUACAAUAUUAUAGGACCUCAUGGAUAUAGGAUAUAAGGAUAUCGUGUAAGAGCAAAGACGGGUGUGAAAAUCGUGAGAAAGAAGAAUCGAGUGAAUGUUUUACGUUGCGUGUACGUCGUGUACGUGCGAGAGAGGAAAAGGGAGAAAGAAGAAAGAG